AUGAGUGGAAUUCGAAAACUCCGCCCCAAAAGUAAUUCAUCAAAGUAUCAUUCAUCAACAAAAAAAACUCUCAUCGACCAUAAAAGCGCUUGGGAAAUUGUCCAAUGUAUUGAAAGUGAGUUGAAUAAUAGAUUAAAAAGUGUUAAACGAUUAAAUUCGUCAUUAAAACUUAUCAGUAAAAAUGUCUAUUAUAUAUUUUUAGGAUGGCAAAUGUCAACAUUAAGUUUUAACAAAAUAUCAUCACAAACAGGACCCGAAGCGAGCCCUGUCGGAGGGCUGCGCUUAGUCGGGUUAGUACCGUGUUCCGUUUGGACACCAAAAGCACCAAAAACAUCUAAUACCGCUAAUAUUUUAGCUCAAACAAGACAAAAUUGUGCACCGUAUGUUUUAACAACAUCAGCAAAUAAUUUUAAUCAACAAGAGCAACAACAUCAAUAUCAGCAUCAGUAUAGUCAUCAACAGCAAACUCAACAUCAACCACAUCAUUCUCAUCAAAUAUAUCAACAACAACAUCAUCAUCAUCAUCAUCACCAGCAUCAUCAGCAUCAACAGCAAGACCAAUAUCAUAAAUCUAUAAUUAAUGUACGACCAAUAAAUACAACAAUACCAAAUAUAUCAGGUGGAACUACAGGAGGCACUUUAAUUGGCACAUCAAAUACAACAUCAUCUUGUACACGUUGUUGCUUACAACAACAGCAGCACGAACAACAAAAUCAUUAUCAUAAAUCUCAACAUAUAAAAUUAAUUCAAUUACCGUCAUCAUCAUCAUCAACAUCGACAUCAGUAUCAUCGACAGCAACAACAAUAGCAACAUCACCAACAUCAUUGAAUGUGUCAUCAAUACCAAUAAAAUCAAUAUCGCCACAAUCAUCGUUAUCUGUAUCAUCAUCGCCAUCAUUAAAAAUUGAAACAAGUACUGUAACAACAGCCGCAACAACUACAACAUCAAUUAACGAAACACCAUCGUCUACAACAUCAGAACAUCAAAUAGGAUUAUCAUCAACGUCCACAUCACCAUUAUUGGAAUCAGCUUCAUCAUCAUUAAAUCAACAAAAUAGCUCAAUACAAAAUACAAUAUCACAAGCAUCAACAGCAAUAACAACAGCAACAACAACUACUGCUACGUCAGCUAUAGCAACAAAAACAACAACAGAUAAUAAUAUAAUAUCCUCCAAUUCAGUUGGUAAUAAAAAAUCAUCUAUAGAAAAACUUAUUCCAUUAAAUAACAAUCAAUCAUCAUCGAUUUGUUCUUGUAAUAAUAAAAUUACAAACGGUAAUAUUGGUAUGGUUGUUACAUCAAGUGGAAAAAAUACAGCAGCAUUAUCUGGUACAGGAUCAUCAUCAAUAAAUGGUAAUAUAUCUAAUAAUGGAAUUGGUAAUAUUAAUACUAUUGGUACAACAAUUGCAACACCAUCAAAUCAACCAAAAUUUAUUGUUCCAACAAUUGCUCCAAGUGGUACAGCAGCUAUACUAGGUACACCAACACAAGCAAAUACAACAGUAACAGGAAAUUCAUCAGUAACAAAUAAUUCAAUGUUGUUGGUACCAUUUGCUGUUCCAGGAUUUUUUCCUGUACAAACAGCACCAACAAAUAAUAAUGUUACAAAUAUGACAACAACAACAUCAGCAGUACCAGCACCAACUGCUAUAGCACCGGGUGCAAUAAUUCAUCCUACAGGUGCAACAAUGACAGCAUUACCGGCAAAUGGAAUUAUUUCCGCUGCCAUCAACUCUAAUAAAAAGGAUUCAAUCAUAUCGACAAAUGGAUUAUUGAAUACAAUUGUCCCAAAAAUUGAUACAAGUAGUAAGUAGAAUUUUAUUCAUUUUGUAUUUAUUACAUUUUUAUAAAAUUUCAUAUAAAGAGUAGCUACGUGUUUAAAAAAUCAAGCAAUUUGUAUAGUCUAUUAAGGUUCUAGAAUUGAAACUAUAUUCGAACUCAUAGAAAA